AUGGCUGAGCAGCGGACUGUUUCAAAGUCUCCUUCGAGAUCACCUCUAAAGUCGCCAGCGGCUCAAUCUCCGGCGGUUACAUCAGCUUCCGCCGGCCAGUCGCCUGAGGCUACGGCCUCCGAGGGGGCAUUGGCCACCACCGUACAGUCGCCAGAUGCAGUCGUUGAAGCACAAGACGAAACCGAUGAUGAUGGUGAUGGUUAUGAAUCAGCAUCUGAUCGAGGGUCCAACGCCUCAACCACGCUGGCAUCCACCAUCCGUGACUUCAACUUCGAGAACAGAAGACGAUAUCAUAAGUUCAAGGAAGGCCGGUAUGCAUUUCCGAACGAUGACGCUGAACAAGAACGGGAGGAUAUGAAGCACUCCAUGGUGGUCACCCUUUGCGGAGGGGCAUUGCACAGUGCGCCUCUUAAGAACCCUCAAAGGAUCCUCGACAUUGGCACCGGCACUGGCAUCUGGGCAAUCGAUAUUGGUGACGAAUAUCCGGAAGCUGAAGUAACUGGCAUCGACCUCAGCCCCAUUCAACCUCCCUAUGUCCCAUCCAAUGUCUCCUUUAUAAUCGACGAUGCCGAGGCAGAAUGGUUAUACCCAGACAACUCAAUUGACUUUGUUCACGUGCGGAACAUGGGAGCUGCUAUCAAAGACUGGGAGAAAUUACUUUCACAGGCUUUCCGGGUUUUGAAGCCAGGAGGCUGGAUCGAACUCCAGGAAAUGAAAUGGAAUUUCAAUUGCGACGAUGAAACGAUGCCUGCGGACUAUGCUCUCACCAAGAUGAUGAAACUUGUUUGGGAAGGUCUCGGGAAAUUUGGGAUCGAGGCAGACGUCGCCGACGUCAACCCCAAACGCCUCGAUGACGCAGGCUUCAUCAACCAAGUGCAAGAUGUCCAAAAGGUCCCCGUUGGCGAGUGGCCAAAGGAAGAGGACCUGAAAAUGAUUGGAGCGUACUGCAAAGCUGUUCUCUACGACGGUAUCCAUGGUGUCACUAUGGGACCACUUACACGAGGUCUGGGCUGGACUGCUGCAGAGGUCGAGAUCUUUUUGAUCGAUGUGCGAAAGGAUCUAACGAACACGGCCAUUCACUCAUAUGUCUUUUAUCACUCUGUUGCAGGUCAAAAACCGAAGCAAAAUGCCGAUUGA